GCCUCUUUAGAAUGUAGAGUAUAAAAGUAGAAAACCAUUUUUCGUAUUUCUCCCAACAAAAACUCCCCCCUCCUACUUCUCUCUUGUCUGAGCAAUGGCACCACUACGACGGAGCAAAAGGCUGAAGGCGAAGGCGACGUCGACGUCGGAGGUUGAUCGUUUCUACACUCGCGAGAAGAAGCCCCGUGACCGUGAACCCCCCUCACGAUUGCCUUCUGCUGCUGAUAGGGAUUUAGAUUUACAAUUAGUGAUGUCUGGUAUCCUUUCUGAUGAUAGCAAGUUGCAGCUUGAUUCUACUACGCAAUUGCUAAAUUUAGUUUCUGUUGAAGACAACCCUAACCCUAUGAUUGAUCAAGUUGUACAACUAGGAGCUGUUCCUAGAUUUGUUGAAUUCCUCAAGAGGGAUGAUUAUCCACAACUUCAGUUUAAAGCAAUACUCGUUCUAAAGAAUAUUGCUGCUGCCAACACUCAAGUGGUGAUCAACUCUGGGGCGGUCCCUGUUUUUGUGAAACUGCUGGAAUCAUCUUCUCAUGAUCUUCAAACCUGUGAGCAGGUCGCGUGGUCUUUAGGAAAUAUUGCUGGUGAAUCAUUUAGCUGUUGUGAUGUUGUCCUUAAUUGUGGAGCCUUGCGUCCUCUUCUUGUUAAAACAUGCUAUUAUCAUAAUGCAUAG